GUAACCGAUGUUGACUUUCCCUCACCACUGAAAAAAACGAAUGUGGACGUCACCAAAGCAACAGACGUUAGCCCAGUGCCAGAGCCCUUGGAGGCUCUGCAGGCAUGGCCCAUAUUGAGCCUCGCCCAGGUCGGGGUCUGGUUCUUUGUUUUGUUGGCUGCGGUUGCUGAGUCCCCGUUUCCGGUUCAGGGUGCCCCGCGCAUGCUCCACGCAGCCCGCUACGCGGGUGUCACCACCAUCCUCCUGGCUACGCCCGGGCCCCCGCGACGCCUCCUGCUUUUCAACUUGAUCCCCGUGGUGUCCAUGGCCGGCUGGCCCCAGGGGGCUCAGAGCCACUCGUGGGCUGGCCCGCUGGCCUCAGAGUCGUCUUCCUUCUACCUGGUGCCCGGCGGCGGCGGGAGCGGCACAGAGCAGCCAGAUGCCUCCAGUUGGCAGCUCUGCUUCGCCCGCCAAGAGCUGGCGCUCAAGACUCGCAUACCCAUUCCCCUGUUGCAAGCGCACGCGGCGGGCCAGGCGCUGCUGCGCCCUCUGGUGGCCAGGACUAGGGUCGCGGCGCCCUACCUCCUGUGGACGUUGCUCUACUGGGCCUGUGAGCGGCUGCCCGUGCUCUAUCUUGCGCGAGCCUAGAAUGCGGGCGCCUGCUGCCUAGGGCUACUGGAUGAGCUGGGCCAGGUGCUCAAGGCCGGGGCGCUGCCCCACUAUUUUCUGGGUGGCCAGAAGUUCCGUGUGGGGGAGGGCGCAGCUUCGCUGCUCAGGCCGUUGGCGCUUCCUUGCAGGGACCCUGCCUGCACCCUGCACCCCUCUGUGCAAGAGGCCAAUGCUGCAUGCAAGGGGGGUGGAUUAGACGGCGUGGGAGGCGGGGCCCGUUAA